CAAUUAUUGGGUAAUGCAAAUGACAAAAGAGGAAUUUUACAGGUCAACUAAUGGGGAGAAGAAAUUAAAUUCCUUUGGUACACUGGGCAGUACUAGCUUGACUUGUGAAGUCAUGUUGUAACUUGUCCAAGCUUUGUUGCCAUCCUAACUACAUUUUCUUAAAAUCUGUUUUGAGCCUAGUUUCUUUUGGAAAUAACUUAUCUACCUUCAAGAGAUACAGAUAAGAUCUUGACAAUUUGAAAGGAAAAACUACAUACAUGGAAAGAGAAAAGAAAAAUAAAGGCAAAAGAGAGAACGGAGAAGCAAACAGCUCAUCGGUAUUGUUAUACAAUAUUUGUUUAUAUUUUUUUUUCAUUAAGACAUAAUUAAGUCUUGUAAGUAUGCUUGUUUUUUUUUUUUUUGGAGCUUAAUCGACUUAAACAUGUUAAUCAUCUUUUUUUAAAAAAAUUUCAUGUAGUUUGUAUAUAAGAAAAAUGAUUUUGUUUUCCUGUGGAAUAAGUUGUUUUAAGCGCUGGGAUUCAAUUUGGGUAACGUGUCCUUUUUAUGGUUGGGUUUGAUGUGCAAAAUAAUGCUUGUAACGAUUUGGCACUUGGCCUAACUCAACCCCAAAGACGAUAAGAACCCCAAACAGUGUUGAAAAUCAAAUGACUAUGUUCAAUAUAUGUAUUCUUUUUCUUCGAUUUGGUAUAAAAUCAUCUGUACUAGUUAAUAUACUUCUUCAGUGCACCGAGUAACAAACUAGUAUAUAUGUGAACGGACGGAUCAGUAGAAAUUCUUUAUUGACAUGCUUGCUUUAUGAGUUUUGUCAAUUUUGUAAUUCAAUUUUUGAACCAAAACAAAAUUUGGGGUGCCAUUGAUCACACGACGGUUCUUGACAUCCAUAGGAUGACUUCCCCUUUAGAGUGGUCUAUUGAUAAUGUACCUGCACUAGACACAUUCACCCCCAAAAUUCGAUGCCUAACUGAGUGGCAAAGUUGUUGAGCUAAACUUCCACUUGGAGAAAUUAACAGUAGCAGUUAAGGGACCUAGGCAAUCCAAGUAACUAAAGUGCAAAUUGGUUAGCUGGUCGCGUCAUGGAGUGGGUCAGUAAAAUACUUUUAAUGACAGUUUUUAUUUUAUAAAAGGCUGACACAUAAUCUAAAACCAGUUGAAUACCACCUGAAUGUGUAGAGUGACUUUGUAGGUGAAAUGGUAAAAUUAGAGUGGUUUUUCUACUACAAAACAAAGACUAGUGACUUUCUCGGACAAUUUUCAUUAGUUGAGUCACCUUCUGAGAAAUCUAACUCUUGUUUAUCAUAUAAAAUGUAACUAUAGGACAAACAUUUAGCUUAUGCAGUAGGUUAUUUUGAAGAAGAACCUCUAUAUUUACGUUAGUUGCCCCAUUAAGUUAGAGUAAAAUUUGUAAUGGCGAAUAUGUGAGCUGAAAAUUUUGAUGCACAUUUGGUCUUUUAGCAGGUAUCAUCUGCUGUGUUUCACGAAGACAUUGUCAAUCUUCAUGAUUUCAAAGAGAGGUUAAAGACUGAAGAGGAUCAAAUUGUUCUUGAUAUGGAUCAAAUUGAAAAGCUGAAACUGGAGCUGACAUUUUUGUCGGCGAGUUUGCAGCUUUGUUAUUACAUUUCGGUUGGUUCUGAUGCCGAAAUGUCUUGCAUAUCAUAUGAGGUUCAUGAUCUGGUUCUGUCACUUUUUCAUCAGAGUGGAGAUGACAUGCUGGUUAAGUUAAAGGAUCAUGUCGUUCCUCGCCUUCUUGAAAAUAUCAAAAGUUCUAUCAUCUCAAAUCAUCAUUCUGAAUCAAGUGCGGCCAUUACUGAGGAUCAGUUGGUUGAACUUUUGGACGGGAUCCUUGUGAAUCUCCAUUAUCUACCCAAGCUUUGUGCUGAGUUGAUUUUCCCACCAAUGACUCAAUAUGAGCUUCUUCAGAAUGUAUUGAGCAUAAGACAAAUGACCCAAGCAGAUGAAACAGAUCAUUGAAGUCUCUCUCGUCAAUUCCAUGCUAGUCCAUCUACUUUUGAAGAUAAUUCCAGUUUCACUGGAAGUUAUGUACAUUUGUUCUACAAAUUUGAAAGCUUCAAAGUCAGCUGAAGUUGGACGCUUCAUUAAGAAGCUCCUAGAAGGCUCUCCAGACAUUCUUAGAGAAUAUCUGAUUCAUCUACAACAGCACAUGGUUAAUGCUAUUACUCCUAGCACCUCAGCUCUAAAUAUUCAUGUCAUGAUAGAGUUCCUAUUGAUUAUUUUUACUGAUGUGUCCAAGGACGUUAUUCGUCAUGAAAAAUUGUUUGUUCUCUUGGAACGUGUUGGAGCACUUACCAAGGAGGUAUUCGUUCUUGUUCGCAACUUAGAAGAGAACUCAAGGAAUGAAGAGAAUAUGAAGGAAGCAAGCGGUGCAAGUCUAAACUUGCUGAAAGUUAUUGACGUCCUGAAGGAAGAUCUCAAGAAUGUUUUCUUGAAAGCCCCUGCAGACUCAUCACAGCUCUGCUUCCACAUGAGUGAUGGACCACUCUUCAUGACUUUCCUACUCAGAAACUUAAAUGACUUGCUCAAUUCCAAUGCUUAUUCAGUUGCUUUAAUAAAAGAAGAAAUCAGUCGGGUGAAAGAAGACCUAGAACACAUAAGAUCGUUCUUUGGGACUGUGGAGCAAGAAUUGCAUAGAGAUCUUUGGACUCGUGUUCUAGACGUGGCAUAUGCAGUGGAACAUGUCAUUAAGUCAAUUCUUGCCAGAGAUCAUGGACUCUUGCAGCUUAUCUUCGUACUUCCUGAAACCGUAGGAAAGAUCAAGCUUGUCAAAAAAGAGGUACAAGAGGAUCUCCAAGAACACGAGUAUCAUUUUUGCAAACUCUCCCAACAAGCCAGUUGAAAAUAAGCCAUCAAUAACUGGUAAAAUAAUUGUAGGUUUUGAGGAGGAGACAGAGUGGAUUAUCAGGAAGCUCUCCAGUGGACCAGCUGAGGUAGAUGUCAUUCCCAUAGUCGGCAUAUCAGGGCUUGGAAAAACUACUUUGGCUUACAAAGUGUAUAACAAUAAGUGUGUUGUUUGUCAUUUCGACGUUCGUGCUUGGUGCACAGUUGACCAGGAACGUAAUGAGAAAACGUUGUUGCAGAAAAUUUUCAAUGAAGUCAUUGGGUCGGAAGAAAGAGUCGGUGAGGAUUGCGUAGAAAAUGAUGUUGCAGAUAAGCUACGUAGACAACUGUUUGGAAAGAGGUACCUUAUUCUGUUGGAUGACUUGUGGGACACUGCAACAUGGGAUGAGCUGACAAGACCUUUUCCAACUGAAUUUCAGAAAGGGAGCAGAGUUAUUUUAACAAGUCUAAAAAAGGAAGUGGCUUUGCAUGGAAAAUGUCACAGGUAUCCUCUUGAUCUUUGAUUGCUACGACCAGGAGAAAGCUGGGAGUUGUUAGAGAAAACGGUAUUCAGAGAAGAACAUUGCACUGAUGAACUAAAGGAUGUUGGAGAGAAAAUAGCCAAAAAGUGUGAUGGGUUUCCUUUGGUACUUGAUUUGAUCGGCGGAGUCAUUUCAAGGAAGGAAAGGAAAGAGGCUUUGUCGCUUGAAGUUCUCAAUAAUUUGAGUUCCUUUAUUAUCAAAACCUUUCGAAUCAUGUUAUUCAAUAUGUAUUUCAAAAACAAUCCAUAUCAUAUGAAAAAUGGAAAACAUCAUAAAUAGAGAGGGAUUCUUGAUUA